UGCGUGGGCCCGGUGGGGGCGGGGUUUCCGGGAGCGCGGGCGCCGUCGGGCCUGCCGCCGCGCUGCUGCUGAGGAGGAGGAGGAGGAGGAGGGUGAGGAUGGUGGGCCUCAGCCUGAGGAGACGCCGGUAGCGGCCACAGGUCACCCAUCAACCUGACCUUGUUCAGCUGGCAGAAUCUCAGCCCUGUCAGCAUCCUAACAGGGCCGCAUCAUCAUGAACGAGGUUUCAGUCAUCAAGGAGGGUUGGCUGCACAAGAGAGGGGAAUACAUCAAAACCUGGAGGCCAAGGUACUUCCUCCUGAAAAGCGACGGGUCUUUCAUUGGGUACAAGGAGAAGCCAGAAACGUCGGACCAGAGCCUGCCCCCUUUGAAUGACUUCUCUGUGGCAGAAUGCCAGCUCAUGAGGGUCGAGCGUCCCAGGCCAAACACCUUCAUCAUUCGCUGUUUGCAGUGGACGACAGUCAUCGAAAGGACGUUCCACGUGGACUCCCCGGAUGAAAGGGAGGAAUGGAUCCAGGCCAUUCAGAUGGUUGCCAACAGCUUAAAGAACCAGGAACCAGAUGGAGAGGAUCGGAUGGAGUACAAAUGUGGGUCUCCCAGUGACAGCACAGGGGCUGAGGAGAUGGAGGUGGCUGUGACCAAGACGCGGGCCAAGGCGACCAUGAACGACUUUGACUACCUGAAGCUCCUCGGGAAGGGCACGUUUGGCAAGGUCAUCCUUGUGCGGGAGAAGGCCACGGGGCGCUACUACGCCAUGAAGAUCCUACGCAAGGAAGUCAUCAUCGCCAAGGACGAGGUGGCCCACACGGUGACAGAGAGCCGGGUCCUGCAGAACACCAGGCAUCCUUUCCUCACGGCCCUGAAAUAUGCGUUCCAGACAAACGACCGCCUCUGCUUCGUCAUGGAAUACGCCAACGGCGGGGAGCUCUUUUUUCAUCUUUCAAGAGAGCGUGUCUUCACAGAGGAUCGGGCCCGUUUCUAUGGGGCUGAAAUUGUUUCCGCCCUGGAAUACCUCCACUCCCGGGACGUUGUUUACCGCGACAUCAAGCUGGAAAACCUGAUGCUGGAUAAAGACGGACAUAUAAAAAUCACAGACUUUGGGCUGUGCAAGGAGGGCAUCACCGACGGAGCCACGAUGAAGACUUUCUGCGGGACGCCGGAGUACCUGGCCCCCGAGGUGCUGGAGGACAACGACUACGGGCGGGCCGUGGACUGGUGGGGCCUGGGCGUGGUCAUGUACGAGAUGAUGUGCGGGCGCCUCCCCUUCUACAACCAGGACCACGAGCGCCUCUUCGAGCUCAUCCUCAUGGAGGAGAUUCGGUUCCCACGCACGCUCAGCCCCGAGGCCAAAGCCUUGCUGGCUGGGUUGUUGAAGAAGGACCCCAAGCAGAGGCUAGGGGGUGGUCCUAACGAUGCCAAGGAGGUGAUGGAGCACCGUUUCUUCGCCGCCAUUAACUGGCAGGAUGUGGUUCAAAAGAAGCUCAUCCCCCCUUUCAAGCCCCAGGUGACGUCUGAAAUCGACACUCGGUACUUCGACGAUGAGUUCACGGCGCAGUCGAUCACCAUCACCCCGCCAGACCGAUAUGACAGCAUGGGCUCCUUAGAUGCCGACCAGCGGACUCACUUCCCACAGUUCUCCUACUCAGCCAGCAUACGGGAGUAGGCGGGAGCCCUCCCCUGGUGCACCUGCAGGGGAGACUGGAGGGUUUUGCAGACAGCAGGACUGUGUCGGGGGCAAAGGCGGUUUGCUCUGGCCCCUUCGGCCCCCUCCCCUCAGGCCACUGGCUCUGCCGCGCCCCGGCUUCCGGAGGGCCCAAGCCGACUUCCCCUGGGCCUGCCCCACGUGGCCUCUGGCAGCCGGGCCACCGAGAAGGUCUUUGUGCUCACGACACCAUCGGGAAGCUGCUUGGACCAGCGGGGUCUCUUUUCGCCUCCUCUGGGGCAUCCAUCCGACUCCCAGCCUCCGAUCCACUUUUAGAGAACCUGCUGCAACCUCCUGGGAUGUUUCCCCGAGAAGCCCUUUGGUGCCAACAAGAGCCCAACGCACAAGUGUCUCUGAAGCCGGGCAAAGGCUUGCUGGAGAGGGAGGGGGGAACCCUGUGGAGCCCAAGGAGCCGUUUCCCGUGGGGAACUGACACGCAACAUCCGAAGGCACUUCUGGAACAGCAGCCGUGGAGCGUGGAGGACCUCUCUCUCUCCUCCCGCAGGGUGAUGCUGACCAGCAGAAGGCCUGGACCGGUUAACGCGGACCCUCCCUUCCCAGCCGCUUCCCCAGGACUCGCACCGUGGAGGUGGACAGGCUCCGAAACAGUUCCGGGUUGUCGGCAAAGCGAAGGCGGCUUCUUUCUGCCUCCUCCUGCUUGUGCGUUCCUGUGCAGCUUCUUUGCAGAGAUGAACUCCCUGAGGCUGCCGGGGGGGGGGGGGGGGGCUCCACUUGACACCACCAAGGGGCAGGGGGCACCGCCUCCUGGUGGCCACCAAAGCAAUAACGGCUACCUGCAGGAACUGCCUUAAGCCAAGGAUGAG